AAAAAAAAAAAAAAAAAAAAAAUUAUGGUGUGUUCAGAUUCGGUAUGCGAUUGUUUCCGCCUGGUUCCGUCCUGACUGGACUGGACCACACACGUAGUGAGAAAUAGUCUUUUUUUCAGUCUCAGACAAAUGACAAAUGCAGCACGACACACAGGCCUUUGUCAUUUCGUGAUAAAGUUGUAUAGACUGAAAAAAAAAUGCUAUACGGUUUUUCAGUCUUUACAAUUUUAUUGAGAAAUGACAAAUGCAACAGAACACACAGGCCUUUGCCAUUUUUUGUCAAUAAAGUUAUAAAGGUUGUAAAAAAAAAACUUACAAAUGUUUAAACAUUUUUGUCAUCAUGUCCUCAAAUGUUUGUAGUGUUUGUUGUAGUUGUAAAAUAAAUUGUAAAGAAAAAUGUGUUAAAAUUUAGCUUAGUGUAAAAUUUUAACACACUUAAGCAUUUGUUCAGUCAUAACAACUUUAUUGACACACAGGCCGUUGUCAUUUGUCAAAGUUGUAAAGACCGAAUAAAAAAAAAAGUAAACAUUUUUUUAGUCUUUGCAACUUUAUUGGGAAAUGACAAAAACAACACAACACAAAGGCCUUUGGCAUAUUUUGUCAAUAAAGUUGUCAAGGCUGAAAAAAAAAACACAAUUUUUUUUACUUUUUUUGUCAUCAUGUGUCCUCGUAAAAAUGUUUGGGUGUUUGUUGUAGUUGCAAAUAAAAUUGUAAACUAUGAAAAAUGUGUAAAAAUUGAGCUCAACUUAAAAUUUAAACUCGUUUUUAAACAUUUUUUUAAAAUUCAUAACAACUUUAUUGACACACAGGUCUUUGUCAUUUCUCAAUAAUGUUCUAAAGGCCGACAAAAGGCUUAAACAUUUUCUUAGUUUUUACAACAUGACACAUGGACCUUUGUCAAUAAAGUUGCAAAGGCUGAAAAAAAGGGCAUAUUUAAAAAAAAAAAAAUUGUCAUGUGUCUGCUUAAAAAUGUUUACUUUCUUUUUGGUCUUUACAGUGUUAUUGACACACAGGCCUUUGUCAUUUGUCAAUAGAGUUGGGAAGACCAAGAAAGGGUUUACAGAUUUUCUUUCGAGUCUUGACAACUUUACUGAGAAAUGACAAAGGCAACACAACAUGCAGGCCUUUGUCAUUUUUGUCAAUGAAGUUGUAGAUGAAAAUUUGUAAAUUGUACAGAAUUUUUUAAAAUUUUGCACGGCGUCAGAUUUGAACACAUUUUAAAGCAUUUUUUCAGUCUUAACUUUAUUGAGCCACAGGCCUUUGUGAGUUGUCAAUAAAGUUGUACAGACAGGAAUUUUUUUUUUUUUUUUUUUUUUAGUGUUUACAACUUUAGUGAGAAAUGACAACGGCAACACGACACACAGGCUUUUGUCAUUUUUUGUCAAUGAAGUUGAUAGAAAAAUGUGUAAAAAUUUUGCGCGACGUAAAAUUUUAGCACAUUUUUAAGCAUUUUUUCGGUCUUACUGUAACUUUAUUGACAAAUUGCAAAGGCCUGUGUGUCACAUUGCAGGUUUUUUAGGUAACCACCAUUACCCGUGAACCCUAAAAUCAUUAAAACGGUCUUGUCUUAGCUUUCAUUUAAUUUUAAUUUAAUGAUGACGCAAAUGAAUGCUCGGUGGCCUGUGGUGCGCUGACAUCUCAUGCACCGUCAUGCAGUUCAAAUUGCGAAGUUUUGAGUUUAGUCAAAUUUUUAGCGUAAAAAAAAAAAAGUUAGCCACAGUUGAUAUCGAAAGGAAAAACGUUAAAGGACUGAAUCUUAACUUUGUUGAAAAAUGGCAAAGGCCCGCGGCCGUGUGUGAAGUUGCAGGGUUUGUUUUUUUUUAGCAUUCUUAACUAUCAUUAAAUUAAAUCUUUGAUGCUCAGUCCAAUUCCGGAUUGUACGAUCUGUGUGGCAAUCCACUUGAGGCGCUCACGUUGUCUAUGCCGUUCAUUUCAAAGCUGUCAAAUGAGCUGAAACACAUUGGCUUUAGCCAACAUGCUGUCCCGAUAUUUUCUUGUCCUUAUUGGACUGUUUGAUAGCUCCUCUGUUUAAUUCCCAUUUCAAUCACCAAUCGUGAAAUGGCAGAAGUGGUGACGUCAUGUGCAACAUUCCGAAGACAACGUGUCCCUGCGGCAGUUCAGGAAUUCUAUGAUGGGGCGUGCACGCGCCACUGUCUGCGUUGUGAUGCGAGCAGCGCGCACACACGUGGCUCGUGUUGUUGUUGCUGCUCCUCGUGUGGUCACGUGUGUCGCCAGCUCGCUUCCUAUUGGCUGACGCUAGGACGGGGACCACAGCGGAGACUCCACAAGAAGAAGAAGAAGAAGAAAAAAGUGGACAGACACAAACACCGCGGAAAGAGGAGGGGAAACGAAGGAAGGAGAAGAGGUGCCAGGUUGUCUCCAAACAUCUUUGACCGGAAAGCGAGGGAGGUGAUGGCCGACAGCCGCGUGUUUCCCGUGUGGCGGGGGCUCGGGGCCGGCGUCGGAGGCGGCUGGAGCCAAGGCUGGGGCCGCUGCCUGCGAUGGGAGCCCCCCGCCCAGGUGGAGGGGGCCCGCAUCCCGGUGUCCGAGUACCCCGUGUGGUUGGUCAUCUGCCGGGGGGGGCGUGCCCGGCUCAGCGAGGUGUGCCAGAGAGGGAAGGGCGCCAUCAGACUGCCCACGGACAUGCUCAGCAUCAAGCUGCCGCCUCUUUUUGACAUCCAUCAGAUUCCUAAGGUGUUCCGUGAGGACGGCAUUAUGUCCGGGUACCGCCACCCGCAGAGCUCGGCGCUGGACUGCGUGCUCAGCAGCUUCCAGAUGAACAACGAGACGGUCAACAUCUGGACGCACUUCCUUCCAACAUGGUACUUCCUGUGGAGGCUGGGCGUCCUGUGCUCCACUAUGAACUUCCUGAGUGACAGCUACACCUGGCCGCUGCUGGUCUACAUGCUGCUCAUUUGCAUAUAUCCUUUCACUUCCUGCCUGGCGCACACCUUCAGCACCAUGUCCCAAGAGUCCCGACACAUCUGCUACUUCUUCGACUAUGCCGCCCUCAGCCUCUACAGCCUGGGAAGUGCCAUCAGCUACGGCUGCUACGUGAUGCCCGACAGUUGGGUGAACGGUUGGCUUCACCAGCACUUUGUCCCCAUCGCCGUUGGCAACACUUUGUUCUGCACCAGCCUGUCCUGCUACUCACGGUUCUUGGAGGUGCACUCCCCAAAGAAGAGCAAGGUGUUGAGGACCAGCGCCUUUGUGGUUCCCUUCAUCUUUGACAGCGUGCCCAUUUUCUACCGGCUCCUCCUGUGCUGCGGGGGGAGCUGCAGCCCGAGCGAGGCUGUGCCCAGCCACUGCUACCAGGUCUCCUUCGCCCUCCUCACCUGCUUCCUCUUCACCUCGCACCUCCCCGAGAGGCUGGCCCCCGGACGCUUCGACUACUUUGGCCACAGCCACCAGCUGUUCCACGUGAGCGCCGUGGUGGCCACCCACUUCCAGAUGCAGGCCAUCAUCACCGACAUGACCUCGCGGAGGGCGUGGCUUGUGGCGCACGGAGCUGCGCCCUCCCUCCUGGGCACCAUCGGGGUGCUGGUGGUCAGCCUGGUCCUCAACCUGGGCAUCAUCGCCAUCUUCAGCGCGCCGCUGCUGUGGAGGCCGUGCCGGGCGCCGUCCAGCGCCAGCAAGGAGAAGUGAGGGGCGGGGGCCCGAGGUGUUUUUUGGCGUUGUUGUUUGUUUCACUCAAGCGCUGAAGACCCUGGUGGCUUUCAUUUCUUUUACCUUUCAUCGCACGCCGGGUCGCAGGACGCGCACUGAGGCUGCAAAGCUCCCAAAACCUCAAACUGGGAUCCUUCGCUUACUGGCCAGUUUGCUCCGCAGCCACCAGGAGGCGCCAGUGAGCUUCUUCUCUACUGAGUUUCUAUGGCAACCCACUUCCGCUGCACCAGCAUAAUAAUAAUGUUUGCAUUCACCACUAAAUACUGCUGCCUUGUAUACUGUUUAUUACUAUCAAAUAUAUUUAUUAUGAAAUGUAUUUUUAGGCGCAGUAGCAGCAGGAGCUGUCUUUUACUACCAUAGAGGCACUUGGAAAAAGUGACUGGAAGAUUUAAGUGUAUUUUUUAAAUGUUUAAUCAUUUUUUUUGUCAUAUUUACAAAAUUUCCGCAAGUAAAACUAUGCUCAUGCACGCUUCUGAGGACUAGUACUAUUUUUUUAAAAUGAAAUAUUUGCGUGACAGUCGCCGUAGCAGACACGGAGGCGAGAUAAAAGCGUUUGUUUGUUUUUUAGCGGAAAGGCUUGCUAGGCUUAUGUGGCCAACGAUACGUUUGAUAAACGUAGCACGCGCUUGCGCACAUCAGAGUGGUUGCAAGAAGGUUUCGACGCACGUGCUUUUUUUUAUUUUUAAAGGACUCUGAGUAAGGGGCGUCGCAUGUUGGAAGGUGUUGAGUCACAGAGAGCACACCUGUACACACUUACACUGUUUUCACGCCAUCAUUACUGCCAAAAGGUUCCCAAGAUACACUUUGGUGUUUGAUAUAGAAAUCCCAUAUGAUGAUGUGUUGUUUGUGUGUUGUUUGUGAGGCGUUUGUGUCCUGUCGUCGUCUUAAAGCCAGUUCAAGUUUCCUGCAACAGCUUCCUUUCAAAAAGUGCCAAUUUCCUGCGGGGAUCAGUCGUUUCUCUUUGUCUUGUUGGUAGACUAAGUGUUGGUGUCAUCAGUACUCUUGGAUGUCGUAAAGCGGGUUUUUUUUUUUGACUGGACAGAAGCAGAACUAUUGUGACAAAAAAGGGUGCUUUUUAAGAUUUUAUACUUUUGAUAUAACGCUGAGAAAAAAUACUGCAAUCUGAAUGUAUGAAUAAACACUUGUUGGUGUUGUUUGAUAUUUGGAAACUGUCUCAUUGAUCCACUAGGUUGGUGUAAUAAAUGAAGCUUUGAUGA